GUUCCCGGACGUGUGGGUAUGGUGGACGAAACAACGAAGAAAACUCUCGCCGCCAUUCCGUUGUUGAAAACGAACAGUGGUCCUAGAGACAAAGAAAACUGGGUAAAACGUUUGAAGGAAGAAUACGCAGCGCUAAUUAAAUACGUUAGCAAUAACAAAGAACAGGACAAUGACUGGUUCAGAUUAGAAUCUAAUGCGGAGGGGACAAGAUGGUUUGGAAAGUGCUGGCAUAUUCACAACAUGUUGAAAUAUGAAUUUGAAGUGGAAUUUGAUAUUCCUGUCACUUAUCCAACUACGGCACCAGAAAUAGCGAUUCCUGAACUAGAUGGAAAGACAGCCAAGAUGUACAGAGGAGGCAAGAUAUGCCUAACCGACCAUUUCAAGCCGCUGUGGGCAAGAAACGUGCCAAAGUUUGGAAUAGGACAUGCCAUGGCUCUUGGGCUUGGUCCGUGGCUUGCAGUGGAAAUUCCUGACUUGAUUGAGAAAGGAACUAUUGUUCACAAAGAGAACAAAAAGACUUAAUAGACUUUAAGUCUCAGUCGUUUAUCUUCUCUUGCAAACGUAUUAUUCGAUCAAUAAUUACCGAGCGUAGCGAGACUUCUAAUCAGGGUCGCACAAUAUAAAGGGGCGUGGUCCUAUAUAGGCUAUCUAUCGAGCUCUCG